CAGAAGAAGAGACAAAACUACAGGAAGAAGAUUUAUCAGUGACAUCAUCGACUGUUGAAAUGGGAAAUAAAACAUGUGUGUCCACCCUGUAUACACACACACACACACACACACACAUAUAUACACAUACACACAGUCCUGCUGCUGCUGAACAUGACUGUUAUUUGUUGAACAGGUUUCAGGUUUCACAGUUUCAGCCUGGUGGUGGAUCAGCUGGGUGUGUCAGGAUGGGGGUGGAGGUGUUGGACAGGUAGAGUUACCUGCAGCCCCUCCCCCCCCCACACACUCCGUCAGUGACUCAGCCGUGUGCAACAAGUUCACAUCACAUCACCUCACAUCCAGCUGAACUACUGCCUGAAGGUGACAUCAUGGUGUUCCAUCCAGAGUUUGAGGGUGCGGGUAAGAGGGCGGGGCUUCAGGUGUGGCGAGUGGAGAAGAUGGAGCUGGUUCCGGUUCCUCAGAGUCUGCGAGGAGGGUUCUACUCUGGAGACGCGUACCUGGUUCUCCACAGCACCGAGAACCGCCGAGGAGACAUGCAGUACGACCUGCACUACUGGCUAGGUUCAGAGUGCUCUCAGGAUGAGAGCGGGGCGGCGACCAUAUUUACGGUGCAGAUGGACGAUUUCCUUCAUGGUGCACCGGUCCAGUACCGCGAAGUCCAGGGACACGAGUCCAGUACCUUCACCGGAUACUUCAAAACCGGACUGAAGUACAUGAAAGGGGGCGUGGCCUCAGGGUUCCAACACGUGGUGACCAAUGACGUCGAGGUCCAGAGGUUGCUGCACGUCAAAGGUCGACGCGUCGUCAGGGCAACGGAGGUUCCUGUCAGCUGGGACAGUUUCAACCAUGGAGACAGUUUCAUACUGGACCUGGGAGAGGAAAUCAUCCAGUGGUCUGGUAACCAUAGCAACCGCUUUGAGAAGCUGAAGGCCACUCUGGUGUCUAAGGGUAUCCGUGACGACGAGCGGUGUGGGCGGGCCGAGCUGCAGUUCUGUGAGGAGGGGGAGGAGCCAGAGAGGAUGCUGCAGGUUCUCGGGGAGAAGCCGGAGCUGCCUGACACUCACAGUGACGACGCCAAGAUGGACGCCUCCAACAGGAAGCUGGCGAAGCUCUACCAGGUGUCCAACGCAGAUGGUGACAUAGAGGUUACCAUGGUAGCAGAGCACAACCCGUUCUCCCAGGAUGCUUUGCAGUCCAGCGAGUGUUUCAUCCUCGACAACGGAGCCAACGGACACAUCUUUGUCUGGAAAGGUAAGGAUGCGAACACUGAUGAGCGUCAUGCUGUUCUGAAGAGCGCAGAGCAGUUUAUCAACAAGAUGAACUACCCGACAUACACACAGGUAAACAGUCUGACGUACACACAGAUUCAGGUCCUCCCUGAGCACGGGGAGACUCCGCUCUUCCAACAGUUCUUUAAAGACUGGAGGGACCCUGAGGACACCGUCGGCAUGGGAACGGCUUAUGUAUCCAAUCAGAUCGCAAGGAUCGAGAAGGUUCCGUUUGACGUGUCUCAGCUCCACCAAUCAGAAGCCAUGGCAGCGCAGCACGGGAUGGUGGACCGCGGAGACGGAGACAAACAGAUCUGGCGUAUUGAAGGGUCAGAGAAGGUUCCGGUGGACUCGUCAGUAGUUGGUCAGUUCUAUGGAGGAGACAGUUACAUCAUCCUGUAUGAGUAUCACCACGGCAACCGACGGGGCUCCAUCAUCUACAUCUGGCAGGGCGCCGAGUCCAGCCAGGAUGAGGUUGGAGCGUCGGCCAUCUUGGCGGUCCAGUUGGGUGACGAACAGGGCGGGGGGGCUGUGCAGGUGCGUGUGGUUCAGGGCAAAGAGCCCGCCCACCUCAUGAGCCUGUUUGACGGCCGACCAAUGGUGGUGCACAAGGGCGGGACUUCCAGAGAGGGCGGCCAAUCAGAGGUGGCAGAUACCCGCCUGUUCCAGGUUCGAUCCAAUCCAGCAGGAGACUCCAGAGCUGUAGAGGUGAAUCCGUCCUCCUCCAGUCUGAACUCCAGUGACGUCUUCCUGCUGGUCUCCGGCUCUACGUCCUGGAUGUGGCGGGGGGGCAGCAGCAGCUCAGCUGAGGUCCAGGGAGCUGAACAUCUGGCGGAGCUCCUGCAGGUGACCCCCACCCAGCUGAAGGAGGGGGGGGAGGAAGAUGCAUUGUGGGAUGCGUUGGGGGGGAAGGAGGACUACUGUCGGUCCCCCCGCCUGAACAACAUGGAGGCUCAUCCUCCUCGUCUCUUCGCCUGCUCCAACAAGACCGGGACAUUCCAGAUGGAGGAGAUUCCAGGUGAGCUGACGCAGGAUGACCUCGCUCCUGAUGAUGUCAUGAUCUUGGAUACCUGGGACCAGGUGUUUGUUUGGAUCGGUGACGAGGCUCACGAGGACGAGAAGACGGAGGCGUCGGCGUCAGCGGUCCAGUACCUGGAGAGCGACCCGGCUGACAGAGACCCCGGUACUCCGACCGUGAAGGUGAAACAGGGAUUCGAACCGCCGACCUUCACCGGCUGGUUCCUGGGCUGGAACCACGAAGCAGCGUGACAUCACUUCCUGUUUACACUUGACUGAGUCUCACUGCUCUGCUCUCAUCAAUAAAACCUGUCUACCUACACA